AUGCAUCUCCUCGGUCCCUUGCUUCUGCUUCUCGAAUCCUUGGCUUUCUCUGACUCAGCCUCCUGGAUGUUUGAACAUCCCAAGACCCUCUACGCCUGGGAUGGAGCCUGCGUCUGGAUUCCCUGCCACUACCGUAUCCUAAACGGGCACUCGAUAGAUAACCUGACCGUGUACCACAAUUAUAAGUACGACAACUCCAUCAAGAGCUACAAUGGGACCAUCCUCUAUAAGAACCUAAAAAUCAGGGAUUUUCCUCCUCGUCAGGGAAGGGUACGAUUCCUGGGAAACAACAGAAACAACUGCACCCUCCUCAUCAAUCCCGUGAAAGUCAAUGACAGCGGUCAGCUGGGGCUGAGGAUGACGUCUAGGGAAGACAAAUGGAUGGAGCCCAUAAGCCUCAACAUCUCUGAGACGGCUCCUCCACCCCACAUUGAGCUCCCUCCAGAUAUCCGGGAGCUCCGCGACGUCACUGUCACCUGCUUGCUGAAUUUCGCCUGCUUUGAGUACCAGGUUCAUCUGCAGUGGUCCCUGGAGGAGCCUGCGGUCACCUCCACCUCCCUGUCCACUGAGACUGUCUCCACCCAGAGCACUCUCACGUUCCAGCCGCAGUGGACUCACCACGGCAAGAACCUGACCUGCCAGCUCUGGGACCCCACGAAACAGCAGUUACUCUCUCAGGAAACAGUGUGGCUGGAUGUGAAGCAUGCGCCAAAGUUGAAGAUCCAGGUCAGUCCCAGAGAAGCCACUGUAACAGAGGGAGAGUCUGUGACCAUGACGUGCCAGAUUGUCAGCAGCAACCCACGGCUCCAGAGUGUGUCCUGGCUCAGGGACGGGCACCCGCUGGUGGGGGAGGAGACGCCCAUGCUCACUCUGCCCCAGGUGACCAGGAAGAUGAGUGGGCAGUACCAGUGCGAGGCCCACAACGAUGUGGGCUCAGAAAAGUCGGAAGCAGUGGACCUCCAAGUGCACUAUGCUCCGGAACCUUCCAGGGUUCAGAUCCUCUCCUCGCCAACUAAGGAAGGAAGUAAAGUAGAGCUGACUUGUAUAUCACUGGCCAAUCCUCCUCCAACAAAUUACACCUGGUACUACAAUGGGCUAGAAAUGCCUGGAAAGACGGACAGGACCUUCCAGAUCCCAGAGGUCCUCCUCAGGCACGCCGGGGAGUACUCCUGCUUGGCGGAAAAUAGUCUUGGUCCUGGACAGGUUGGCCAGGAAGCUGAUUUGGAAGUCCACUAUCCCCCCAAGGAGGUAAUCACAGUGAUUCAAAACCCCACACCGAUUCGAGAAGGAGACAGUGUGAUCCUGUCCUGUACCUACAAUUCCAGUAAUCCCGAAGUUACCCGAUAUGAAUGGAAUCACCUAGGCUUCCAGGACCAGUUAUUACCUGCUAAGCUGACGAUUCUAAAAGUUGCCUGGGACACAGGGCCAGUCACAUGCGCAGCCUGUAACCAGUGGUGCUUGUGGUCUCCCCCUGUCAACCUGGAUGUCCAGUAUGCCCCCAAAGAUGUCAGUGUCCAGGUCACUCCCCACAGUGAGAUCCGCUCUGGGCGCCCGGUCCUCCUCCAAUGUGACUUCUUAAGUAGCCGCCCCAAGGAUGUCCGCUUCUUCUGGAAGAAAAAUGGAAUCCUUCUGGAGGAAGGAAAGAAACUGAGCUUUGAUGCCAUCUCUCCAGAAGAUGCUGGAAUUUACAACUGCUUGGUCAACAAUUCCAUAGGACAGACCUCGUCUAAGCCCUGGGCUCUCCAAGUGCUGUAUGCACCCAGGAGCCUGCAUGUGUCCAUCAGCCCGAAAGACAGAGUGGUGGAAGGGAAGAAGGCAGUCCUGACGUGCGAGAGUGAUGCCAACCCACCCACCUCCCACUACGCAUGGUUUGACUGGAAUAACCAAGACCUCCGCCAUUAUGAUCAGAUGCUGAGAUUGGACCCUGUGACGCUGCAGCACUCAGGCGCCUAUUGGUGCCAGGGGACCAACAGGCUGGGCCGGGGCCAGUCGCCGCCCACCACCCUCACUGUCUACUACAGCUCAGCCACCAUCAGCCGGCGAGUGGCCUUGGGAGUGGGGUUCUGCCUGGCCAUCUUCCUCCUGGCGAUCUGGGGAGUCAAGCUUCUGCGGAGCUGGAAGAGGAUUCGGGGACAGCAGGGGCUUCAGGAAAGUUCCAGUGGACAGAGCUUCUUUGUGAGGAAUGUAAAGGCUCGAAGGAUCCCCCAAGCUGAAGGCCCCCACUCCCUGGGGUGCUACAAUCCAGUGAUGGAAGAUGCCGUCAGCUACGCUGCCUUGCGCUUUCCUCUUGGCGAGACUGAUGCACCGACACCUGGAGAUGCAGCGACCUCAGAGACGCGGGGACUUUCCCCAAACGGGGACGACACGGUCACUUACUCUGUGGUGCAGAAGUGUCAAGUGGGCGACUAUGAGAACGUGACUCCAGAAGUCCUAGAAGACGAGGGGAUACAUUACUCGGAGAUGGUCCAUUUUGGGUUUGGGGAGCAGCCGCUGGCCCAGGAAGGAGUGGAAUACGUGACCCUCAAGCACUGA